ACGUGAGCGCGUACAACGUCAUAUAAUAAGCACCAGAGAUUCCACUGAUGAUGAUGACGAUGGCGAUGAUGACUACGACGACGAUGAUGGCGGUCCUGAUGACGAUGAUUAUUAUAAUGACGACGAUGAAGAAGGUGCUAGUGAUGUUGCUGUAGAUGGUGGUGGUGGUGGUGGAGGUGGUGGUGGUGGUGAAGUUAAGACAAGUAAAAUCAGCAGCUCCCAUCAAAGAACGAACAAACGCUUAAAAUCUCACAGUAGAGAUAUCCUAAACAACAACAGCGACAACUCAAACAAAAAAAUUAACAUAAACAACAAAAACGUAGAAAUCAAAAUUAACAGCAACAACAACAACAACAACAACAACAACAACGAUUACGUCACCAUAAUUCUUCGCUUCAGCCGCGCACGCAACUUCACAAAACUCCGACUACACGUCAACAACCAGUUCACCCAGAACUCCAGAAUAUUCCGGAAAUCCCGCCUACGCUUCCGAAACCGGGACACCGACCCCUGGCAAGGUGACCCAAUUUUCGAGACGCACCCUCGUGACUUAAUUAGUGAGGGGGCACGGUGGGUGAGUCUGAAUAUGUGUCAGAGGGUGGGUGUGAUCGUCGAGGUCAGUCUGUGGUUCGAUGCCCGCUGGCUCAUGAUCAGUGAGAUGCAG